CAUAUUGAUUUUUAUAUAUGAGGAUGCCUCGAUGCGAUUGCGUCACAACAGUCAGUGGAAAACGGCUGGGAAACUCGUGUCGUCCGCGUUGGCCAACGUGACGUCGCUCGGUAGUCCCACAGAUUCCCCACAGACCCUCCGUGGACCAACUAUCCUAGUCCCGUGUGCUUGUUACAAAAAAAAAUAUUCAUCCGCGUGACCCACAACGUAGUGCUACACAACAGCAGAUACAUGUUCCUGGUGCUCCUGUAGCGCCCCCGUCUCCAUCAUUGCUGCCAGAUGGCGUGUGGUAGGCUUAGAAAAAUGUGAAGUUUAAUAAAAAUAAAAUAUUAAUUUUCAAAAUAGUGACCGUUAAACGGCCAUAGUAAAUGUAAGUUAGCAGUGUGUGUGUUAUAUAGAACAGACUCUUUAUAAAAGAAUUGACUUAAAGACUUAUUUAUAAAUAAUUUUUUCACCCAUAAAAUGGCUGAAAGUGAAAGUGAAUGUGAUAUAUUUGAAUGGUUUAUGUUUGCGUGGGAAGUACAACCAGAUCCGGGGGACUGACCCGGUCUAAAUUUUGAAACCGGGUGCCCCGUACAAUUGGGACCCCGGUAGCCCCACCUCGUGGGAGCGCCACCUGGCCCCAAGUGCUCCCACAAAUAGACAUUUUAAUUUAAUUAAAAAGAAAAAAAAGAAACAGCAACUUUUUUUUUCAAAAAAUAAAAUAAAAUAAAAAACAACAUACAAUGGAGGGGCCUCAGGUGCCGCAACGUCCCCUCCUGGGACGCCUCCGGGCGCUAUGGCGUCACGAGAGGACGCCCCAGGAGGGCGUUCGUGAAAACAAUUGCCAUCCACGAGAUGGUGCCAUUGAGCAAGUGGCCCAGCUACUCAAGGGAACUAGAGAUGAUCCCACUGAUGAGGGAGGACCCCACAUUGGGAUUCUAAAUUCCGGUACUGAGGAAGAAAUGACCGUUAUUGGUUACCAAUCCUGCCCCAUACGCACCACCAUCUACUGGUGCAUGGUAUUCCUUACUGUCGGUAUACUCCGUCUUGUGACGCAUUGGUGGCAACAUUGGCUACUUAUUGCCACCCACAAGUGCUGCCCACUGGCAACUGCCCAAAAGGUGUUGGUGAGGGAACUUUAUCAGGGAAAGCAUGUGAUUCAUUUUGUGUGUGAAAUUGUAACACUAUCAACGGAUUCAAUUGAAGAGAUACGUCGCUAUCCACGAAAAUGGCGUCGCUAUAUUCUACCGCGAGACAUUGAGGAUUCCACGGGAACAUCCUUGGAGUUAUCUGUACCAACGGGUGGUGGUGCUUUUGCCUCCGUGGACACCGUUCGGCUUUUUCGGUGCAAACAACUUCGCUAUAUAUGGCGCCCAUCGUGCAAUGCCUUUGUACGGCUAACUGGCCUAGAUGAUGGCGUGUGCAGUGUUGCCCUUCAUCGACAUAAAGGGCUCAAUCCGGUAGAACAGAAGCGACGACGUAUGGUUUUUGGGUCUAAUGAAAUUGAUAUACCCGUUAAAGGUGUCCUUACACUUCUCUUCCUCGAAGUACUCAAUCCAUUCUAUGUAUUUCAAAUCUUCAGCGUUUGUCUGUGGUUCUCCUACAACUACAUAUGGUAUGCAAUUGUGAUUGUUGCAAUGUCAGUUUUUGGAAUUACCAUGUCCGUAAUACAGACGCGUCGAAAUCAACGAGCUCUUAUGGGAACAGUGGGAACAACUGAUUGGAUUUGUGUCUGCCGUGAAGAUGGUACAGCUGAGAGAAUUGAAACGCGUUUUCUCGUUCCCGGUGAUAUCCUUGAGAUCCCCACGACGGGAUGCCAAAUGAAUUGUGAUGCAGUUCUCCUAUCUGGCAAUGCUAUUCUCGAUGAAUCAUCAUUAACGGGCGAAAGUGUACCUGUGACAAAGACCCCACUUCCAUGUCGCAGGGAAGUAAUCCUUUGCACCAAGGAACAUGCACGACAUAUGCUUUUUACCGGUACCAAAGUCAUCCAGACACGCUACAUUGGUAGCGAAAAAGUCCUGGCCUUAGUCAUUAAUACGGGUAAUUCAACUGUUAAAGGUGGUCUCAUACGCAGUAUUUUGUAUCCACCACCAGUUGACUACAAAUUCGAAAGGGAUUCCUAUCAUUUUAUCAAAUUGUUGGGUCUCGUUGCAACAAUCGGUUUCCUCUACACACUCAUUUCAAAGAUCAUCAGAGGUGUAUCUGCUACAAAAAUUGCAAUAGAAAGUCUAGAUAUAAUUACAAUUGCCGUACCACCUGCACUACCAGCUGCUAUGACAGUGGGACGUAUGAAUGCACAACAACGACUUAAACGCAAAGCCAUUUAUUGCAUUUCACCACGCUCAAUUAAUGUUUCAGGAAGCAUUGAUUGCGUAUGCUUCGAUAAGACAGGUACAUUGACAGAGGAAGGCUUAGAUAUGUGGGGUGUUGUACCUGCAGAUAGUCAGAGUCUCAAAGCAGCACUACGGGAUGUAUCACGUCUACCUCUUGGACAUUUACUUUCGGGAAUGGUCACAUGCCAUUCCAUAACAAUGAUGGAGGGUGAAUUGAAAGGUGAUCCACUGGAUCUGAAGAUGUUUGAAUCAACUGGAUGGGUGUUGGAGGAGGCAAAUGUUGAGGAUCACUCAAAAUACGAUCUACUCUUCCCAACUGUGGUACGACCACCUGAUGCAAUUGAAGGAGCUGCCAUUGGUAUUGUGCGCUCAUUUCCCUUUACAAGUACCCUACAGCGUAUGUCGGUUAUUACCAGAGGCCUUACUGAUACGCAUUUUACCGUAUACUGCAAAGGAUCACCCGAAAUGAUCCAUACACUGUGUCAAGCGGAUACCAUCCCAAAGGAUUUUCAUAUAAAAUUGGAUAUUUAUGCACAACAGGGAUACCGAAUAAUUGCAGUGGCAUUUAGGCCAUUAGAUAAGAAAGUUUCCUACGCCCGUUUGCAACGUCUUAGCCGUGAGAGUGUUGAGCAAGAUUUAACUUUCCUUGGAUUUGUUAUACUUGAGAAUCGUCUCAAGGGUGACACAACAACGGUCAUAUCAAGCCUUAUGCGGGCCAACAUACGUACUGUAAUGGUUACAGGAGAUAACAUUUUAACUGCAAUAUCAGUUGCUAAAGACUGCGGUAUGAUUCCAAAGCACCAAAGUGUCAUCACUGUAAAUGUAAAGAGUACCAGAGAUACGCAUGAAUUAUACUACAAUCUGACCAAUUCAAGUCUCCCAGGUGCCAAUCAGGCUCUCAAUAGUAUGAAUCACGAUUCCAUAGAUUCAUUGUAUACAGCAGAUACGUGCACAACAACCCAUACUACCCUAACAAUUCACGAAAUGGAAUGCGGACGAUCUGAAGAGUAUGACGACGCAACAAUGCUCCCUCCUGAUUUACCCUCAAACAACUAUCGUUUUGCAAUGACUGGCCGUACAUGGGCGAUUGUUCGACAACACUUCCCGGAUCUUCUGCAACGCUUCACCACACGUGGCGUGGUUUUUGCACGUAUGUCUCCGGAUCAGAAACAAGCUCUUGUUGCUGAACUCCAGGGUUUGGGGUACUACGUGGCAAUGUGCGGAGAUGGUGCCAAUGAUUGUGGUGCUCUCAAAACUGCCCAUACUGGCAUUAGUCUCAGUGAAGCUGAAAGUAGCGUUGCAAGCCCCUUCACAUCACGCAAUCCAACAAUUGCUUGCGUCCUCGAUGUCAUUCGUGAGGGUCGUGCUGCUCUCGUAACAUCCUUUGGUAUCUUCAAGUACAUGGCUGCAUAUUCACUCGUUCAAUUCACAUCAGUUCUCAUUCUCUAUUCGAUCGAUUCAAAUCUCACGGAUUUGCAGUAUUUGUACAUUGAUCUAUUCAUUAUAAGUGUCUUUGCCUUCUUUUUUGGCAAAACCGAUGCCUAUGCUGGGGAUUUGGUGAAGCAAACACCCCAAAAUUCACUCAUAUCAAUCUCACCACUUACUUCUAUUGCUCUACACCUAAUCAUCAGUAUUGGCUUUCAGGUGUUUGCAUGGUAUCACGUGCAAGCUCAACCAUGGUUUGUACCCUUCAACGCCACUGCCCAUGCAGAUGAAUUUGAUCACGGCUGCUUAGAGAACUACACCAUCUUCAGCAUAUCCUGCUUCCAGUACAUAAUCUUGGCAUUUGUCUUCUCCAAAGGGGCACCAUAUCGAAGUUCUAUUAUCACAAAUUAUGGCUUUCUCACCGCCAUGGUGGUUAAUACGGCAUUUACAUUGCUACUCCUCAUCUACCCACCGGCUGGUCUUGCAUCCAUCCUUGAGCUCAUCGUGCCACCGGACAUUAAUUUCCGCCUAACAUUGGUUGCAUGUGGUGCACUCCAUUGGAUUCUGGCCGUUGUGGUGGAAACAUUCAUCGUUGAAGUUGUUGUCCUGAAGAAGUUGCGAAAUAAAUUCCGUGGACCCUCACCGAGGCGCAAAUACAUUCAAGUUGAGCAGUUUUUGCGUCAAAAUCCCGCCUGGCCACCACUUACAGUCCUUGCACCAUUCGGUGGGGCAUCUGGUACACCGUCCGAUGCUCCUGUGCCAAGUGCACCCACAUCUCCAACAUCUUAUGCUGAAAUUGGUGCUCAUGCAGCCUUCGAUAGAUCCAGCGUUCUUCUUACGCUUCUCCCAAACCCCGGGGGUGUUACACUGAACCCAGCCGGACUCAGAGUACCCCCAGCACCAUCGUGAUGGCGUCCCAACGCUCUUGUAAAUCAAUCAACAUUAAAAUAUAAAGUAGUAAAAGUGAUGAAAAAAAAACAGAAUAUUCUAUA